GGUGUCUAGUGCGAGGUGCGGUCCGCUGCUUCACCAGUAACUACUGCACCUUAGCAUCAAACAACUAGGUACUUUAUUAUCUGCAUUGAGUACGGAGUAUACUCAGCCUCCCACCGGACGGACACCCUUCGAACACAAAUCCUAUCUACCUACCCAACUUACCCACAAAAUGGAAGAAAGCGAAUGGAAACCCCCCCCAAACCCCGCCCUAGAAUCCCUCUUCAACUGGGCCGUGGACAAAGCAGAAGCAAAAAAGUUCGACCACCCAGAUCGCCAUGUACCUGAUCCAAUAAUCGACAGCGAAGUGCUAGAGCAGAUCGCUGAUCUGUUGUUGCGCGAGAAGUUGAAGCCGCUCGUGAUCACCUCGGAUUUCCUGAUGCAGCGGGUCCCGAUGUACUGUGAAUGGGGAUAUCGAGAGAGAUAUGAGGAUGAAUUGAUUGAGUUUCUUAAGGCCCUUGUUCCGCAGGUUGAAGCGUCUUCUACGGAGUUCCUCCGGCAACGAGAGCAGGAGGCUGUGAUUCUGUCGCAGGUUGCGCUUGGGGAUGAUGGUGCGGUGGGUGUUAUUACUACGCCGUCGCCUGCUUUACCUCUAGUACCAGCAGCGCCGUCGCAGGGACAGCAGGAAGAAGAAGAAACAGAAGAAGAAAAAGGA